GUAAGAAGCUGACAGAUCACAGCAGAGAAUGACACUGCUUUACAUCGACUAGGCAGGGCAGCAGAAAUCAUCAGAUUUCAGAAUGCUGAUGAACCACACAAACCAAACAGAGGAUGACCUCUUCUCCUGCUACAGUCCCUCAGUCGUUGGCUACAGAUAUUUUGCUGUGGUGUGGGGUUGUGCUGUGACCAUCGUUGGUACGCUGGGGAAUCUGAUGACCAUUCUAGCCUUCACCUCAGACACUCGCCUGCGGACUCGCUUCAAUGUACUCAUCAUCAACCUGGCUAUAGCUGACCUCCUGUACUGCACCAUACUGCAGCCCAUCUCAGUUGACUCCUAUCUGCACCUACGGUGGCGCAGUGGCCAGCUCUGGUGCAGGAUCUUUGGGCUGCUCCUCUUCCUCUCCAACUCUGUGUCCAUCAUCACCCUGUGCCUGAUAGCAUUUAGCAGAUACCUCCUGGUGGCAAAAAGGGCUAUGUUUGACCGUGUCUUUUCCAAUUAUGGUCUUACCUUACUCCUGAUCUCAGUGUGGGCAUUAGGUCUAGCCAGCUUUGGCCCACUCUGGUCUGUUUUUGUGUUUGUGCCACAUGUGUGCACAUGCAGCUUUCAUCGGACAAGAGGCCGUCCUUACACCACUGUCCUACUUUUUUUCUACUUCUGUGUUGGUCUGGGUUGUGUUGGCAUAUUUUAUCUCCUUAUAUACAGACGUGUCAGGACUGCAUCACAGGCGCUGCUCCGCUACAGAUUCAGCCGCCGUUCAUCUAGAAAAAAGCCUGCUUUUUCUUCUCAUGCAACUGAUGACAGUGGCGUAGAGAGUAGCACUGCAUGUAGCACUGAACUGAGCAGCCAGGCAGCACAAUCUGAAAAUAAGACUGAGGUCACCAGCAAAGAGAGCUCUGCUAAGGCCCUAGAUUCAUCCCAGGCUAAAAAUUCUUCCUCUAAUAUUGUUGCUGCCACACCUACCCCAACCACGUCAGCAUCAUCAGGAGAUGAUAAUGAAUUUAAGCGCGUGACACGCAUGUGCUUUGCAGUUUUUCUGUGUUUUGUGGUCUGCUUUCUUCCUUUUAUUUUGAUCAACAUAGUCGAUAAACAGAACCGUGCACCGCAGGUAUUGCACAUGGUCAGUGCAAACCUUACCUGGCUCAACAGCUGUAUUAAUCCAAUCCUCUAUGUUGUCAUGAACAGACAGUUUCGACAGGCCUAUCAUGUGUUGCUCACCAAAGCUGCUACACCAUUUACCUGCCUAUGGAGAAGACAGCAGUGAAACUUUCUGUAACUUAAACUUGCUUGGUAUCAGUCGCAAUACAGUCCAGUAUGACAGUCUUCAGACAGCUAAAACACAGCUGACAUUCAGCAUUAAAAAUAUUUAUAUAAUGAACAAAAUUACAGUUUGAGUUUAAUGGAGAAGCAUUUUAAAAACGCUGAUAUGAUGAGCUCUUUAUGAAAUUUUGAUACAUUUCAAAAAGCACACAGUGAAUGUUUCUGAUUACACAGUAUUUGUAUGAGAAGUCUGAGCAACCCUCAGCUUUCAUGGGUGAUCUAAUAAAAUUUUAGUUUUUUACAUAACAAAGGAAACCUACCACGGUGAUAGUCGUAACAGGAUGUUUCCGUCCUUCACAACAUGAGUUUUAUAAGUAUUUCCUAAACCUCUGACACCUCAGCCUCAGUUACUUCACCUCCUAAAUGUUGAUUUACAAGAAAUAGCUCAUUUUAUCUGAAAGUGGUGACUAAGGCAGCAUUUCCUGUUUCAACUUGUCCCCUGUUCAAUAAUCAAGUUUUAUUGCAGCGCUUUAAAAGAAUGGGAGCGAUGAAUCAGAGUACCCUCCGCCUCAGGAAAAGUUAAACACCCUGAGAUAAUGGUGCAUUACAAUGGCUAACAGCAAACCUCAACCUGAUACGGGCUAAUUCUAAAUGGCUCUCUUUUUAUUGUUUUUUUUUGUUUGUUUGUUUGUUUUUACAUUUUUCACUAAUCAGGUAUUGCACUCUUCAGCUCUUAUGCAAUUUUCAACCAUUUUAUUCUUUUUAGCUACUUAUACUUAUGUGCUAUUUUCAGCUAUUUCACUAUUUUAUGCAAUUUUUUGGAGAUUUUUUAUGCCAUUUUCAGCUAUUUUUAUGCUA